GAGCAUGGCUAUUACUUCAUCGAGAGUUUCGCAGGCUUCGGGGCUGCUACACACGAGGUGAAGACGCUUUUUCCUAAGAAGAAGUCUGUGGCCAUGGAUAUUCUCUACUCAUCAUCUCUGGUAGCGGCCGAGCGGGCUGCCCGAAAUCCUGAUGGCCGACAAGCUCCUUGCCGUGACUAUCUUGAUAGCAGCGGGAAGAGAAGGUUCCAUGGAACCCCGGAACUCAAGCGGAAGUACACGCAGCAGUUCGGUGCCAACAUUGCCCGGGAGCUAGAGAACCUUAUUCAGCACUCCCCGCGACCGAUUGCUCCAGCCCCUGAAGAAGAUGCCUUGCAAAUUUGGGCCUCAUGGGAAUGGGAUGAUGUAUGGGAGUGUGCAAAGAUGCCUCAACUUGUGGCAUACCUCUAUGGUGCCAAGCAGAUUUGCAUCCCU